UUGUUUUGUGUAUGUGUUUUAGGCUGUUUUGAGUCAAAAUUGUUUUCUUUACACAGUGUACAUAAACUUACAUUUUAUUAUAUCUAAAUAGAUCAAUCUUCUCAGUAACACUAUUUUGUUUACUAAAUGAUGGUGGAGAUGCAAAGACCGAAUAAAAAAGUUUACGCUGUUGCAGAUUAUCAAAAUCUUAAAAAAACUUUACAUGUGAGAUUAUUUAGAAAAAGAAAUCUUUUUGCAUAGAAGAACACGCACAUUAUUGUCAUGACUGAUAUUGAUACCCAUACAGCAAGAUAUAAAAAGAAUAACCAUUUGUUAAUCAUUUCAUGACACGUUAAUUGUCAGGGAAUGUCGUGCGUGAUUUCUAGCUUUCUUGUUGGGUUUUCUUUUGUUUAUGAGAAACGCUUUUAAUUCAACCAAACUGAUCCUUAUUUUUAUUUCCAUAUUGUUCUAACCUAUAGAUCUAUCGUUUUCAACAUGAAAUUGCAACCUAAUAUUUUUAUAAAAACAAACAAACGCGUGACAUAAAGCUUUGGCUCUGAGACUUAAUGCGGCUCAAGUUUCUGUAUUUUGUAGGCUUAACUCUUGUUGAAUACUGGGGAGGAACAAUUUGCAUAUUUGAUUGCAUAUUUGUUAGGCAAAAUGCAGCAAUCGAAAUCAAACUUUAAUGGUAAUUAUACUUGCUCUAUGAAUAAUCCUUUUUAGAAGGUCGAAUUUUUUUUUAAAAUAUGUCUUUCCCUUUGUAGUUUCUCACUUUAACGCCGUUGUUCACCAGCUACAUUGUUUCCUUCAGCCUCAUGUUGCUCAUAAAUAACAACUGUCUGCAAGAAAGCGUUCAUAAAUGUUCGUUUUGUUACUAGUUCUAGUUGUAAAUACAGUUAAUUCUGUAUUUAUCAAACAGCUAUACCCUAACAACCGACGUUCACUUUAAGUAUUACGAAAAAUAAAAACCUUUGCAAUAACCAGUGAGUAUUUGAAAAAAGCAUGAUUGAGGCACAAUUUAAAUGUUAUGUCCGUUUUUUUAAAGUUUUUGGAGUUGGGGACGAAUUAAAUCUCUGGGCAUGAAUAAGACGCCUUUGUCGUGACAAAGCACCACGGGGGUGCGCAUGGCGCUGUUCGCAUGAACAAGACAACGUUGGCGUAAACGAGAUGCUCUGUUUGUUUAUGAUUUUUUUUCGAUAGAUGCGUUCAUUCGGGAAAAGAAAAAGGGCGCUUAUUUAGGAAAGUAUUUUAGCGCUUACCUUCUUUCCUCACCCUCCCUCAGGCGUAUGGAAUUGUGGGCGUUUAUUUUAGAAUGACGUGUAUAAAAGAGGGAUGCUAAUCAUAUUUCUAUAAUAUCUAAAGGCUGAAAUACACUAUCAUUUUUCAAUGAUCAUUUUCCAAUUAUCAUUGAAAAAUGACAGUGUAUACAGAAGAAAAUGUCAUUUUUUACACUCUCAUUUCCAAUGAUCCUUAAAAACUAAAAGUUGAACAUGUUCAACUUUUAAUUUUUCAAUGACAUUUUUUUUCUAUUGUUUUAAAUCGAAUCCAUUGUUUUCGCACACGUGUUUGUUGCACGCGAUGUAGUUUAGGCGUAAAUAUAGAUAAAAACAAAGAUUUGAACAAGUAAUUCACCCGAGAAUGAAGACGCAAGAAGCGACCGAAAAUUUUGUUGAGAUUUGGAGAAGCCAGCCCAGUUUGUGGGAUGUUAAAUCCCUUUUCCAUAAGGACAGAAACGAGAAGGCAAAAAGUUAUGAGAUAUUCAAAGGUAGACUAGGAAUAGAAGAGAAAAUAGUGAGGAGUAAAAUAAAUACACUGCGAAGUUAUUUCAGCGCAGAAUUGAAGAAAGUAAACAACAGCAACAAAAGUGGAGCAGGACGAGAUGAUGUUUACGAAAGUAAAUGGCCAUACUUUCAGUCCUUGCUAUUCCUACGUGACUCCAUCGUCCCAAGAAAAACAACUUCUUCGCUGGAAUUUGACUACAAUGAAAAUACAGCUGACAAGGAGAGUGGGUCACUUCAAAAUUCACCAAUAACCCUCCAAGAAUGGGACAUGGAGGAUGAAAUUGACGUGUGUACAACCGAUGUGACAUCAACGAAGAAGCCUCUCCCCAAAAAACAAAAAGUUUCCCCGAAAUCUUCAGAAGAUCACAUGUUGAAGCACGCGAUAUCAGUUCUGGAAGAAAAACGCGGGAAAACACUGAGUGCAGAUGAACUCUACGGUCGCACUCUUGGAGAGAGUCUAAAAGCCAUUCCAGACAGAAUGCAAAAAGAAUACCUUAAAGUGAAAAUACAGGAGCUCCUUUUUCAAGCUCAGAUGGGAUUACUCGCCGUACCCUCUUUCAGAACACCGACCGUUCAAUCUCCGAUCCCAAGGAACUCUUCAACACAUGCCACACAAAGUUACCCACCCUUUGUGUCUCCGCCGUUAUCGCCUGUUUUACAGAAUAUGUACCGACACCCAGUGAAAAUAUAUCAAAACACUUUUCAGAGUCGAGAAAGUUUGUCAGAUCUUAAUCGAGAAAGUGAGGGCUUACAAAGUGCAGGGUAUUAAUGUGUGACUGCUUGUUUAGUACGUUUGAUAAAUUACUGAACGAAAUAUAUAUUUACCUUGAGGUAUUUUUCUUUUAAUCGCAUGUAAAUAGCUUCGCAAACUUCGGGGAUGAACUGUGACAAUGUACUUUUGUG